AAAUUUCAUCAAUCCAUUCACUUCAACUUGUGCCUUUUAAUUUCUUUCAUGCUCUUUAGUUUCAAUUUAUAUGUUUAUGGACCGAACUGCUUUCUUCAAAGCCUGUGUAAAGGCGAUAAACACGCGAAAUAAAUCAUCAAAUCCUGGAAAUUCGAAAGAAAGUUCAAAUAUCUUGAAGAGAAGUCGCUCUAAAGUGACAACUGAGUUUGGUUUGAAAGCAGCUCACGUUAAACAAAGCGUUUCAAAGUUAAAAGAGUUCUUGUUGGAACACAGGAAGGAUUAUAUUAAUGCAGUCAGUCAUGUGGCCUCGAGCACAACCAUGAGUAACACAGAGAGAGACCAAAUUGAUGAAGAUGCGGAGACUUUUAUCAGGACUUGUUCAACUGCCAUUCAAUCGUUGAAAGAAGAAGUUGCAAAUCAGAAGAACACUGAGCUUGUAAAUGAACAUCGCUUCAUAGUUUUGGAAAUUUUGCAAAAGUAUUUGAAAGCCACUUGUAAGUUGUAUAGUGAACAGAGAGCCAUUCGCGUGAAAAGAGUUGUGGAGAAGAAGAAAAUUUCACGAUUGCGAAAUGACGUCAUUCACAAACCUCCUGCGAACAGUCCAAUUAUGGAGGAAUCUUCGUCAACGACCAUCUCCAAUGAACGAGAAGACUUUUCGCAGGAAGAGUUGCAAACUUUCGAAGAAGAAAACAAGAGAAUGUUGGAUGAAAUGAACAGUUUAGCGAGUGAAGUCAGAAAUAUUGAAGGACAAGUUGUGGAAAUUGCAAAACUCCAAGAGGUUUUCUCCGAAAAAGUUCUAGAGCAGUCCAAACAAAUUGAUCAAGUAUAUGAAACGACAGUGAAGACGACAGAGAACGUGAAGGAUGGAAACGAGAAUAUUCGCGAGGCGAUUAAGAACAACGCUAGUUUUCGAGUUUGGAUACUAUUCUUCCUGGUUAUGUGUUCAUUCUCGCUACUCUUUCUAGAUUGGUACAGUUAGGAAUGGUGCAUUAGAUAAUUGAGGUAAUAAAUUAUGUAUCUGCAAAAAAA